UAGGUAUUGAUAGAGCUAACAAUGUUUUCAAAACCGUUUCUGAAAUAUGAAGUGGGUAUAGGUACUUAGCAGCUAGUAUUUAAUCUAAAAUCUUAAACAAACAAACCUCACGUAUAGAUAGAUAGUGAGUGAGUACACUGUGCAUAUAAGUCAUUGAAAAAACACGCCAUUUCAUUUUUGUCAUAUAAUCGAGUUAGGUUGGUUUUUUAAAAAUGGUAGGUAGUGUUAAUCAUUUGUCGUGAUUUUUUGAUUUUUUUUUAAUGUAAAUAUUUUUUUGAAUGUAAAUAAAUAAGUCAAUGGGUUUUUUAAGUUUUACUGUGUCCGUUUUCCUGGUUUUUUUGCAAGUGCAAAUAAUAAUCGCAUCAAGUUCUUCAUUCCAUUCCAAUCCAAAUCGUACUUUUCAAAUAGAUUACGACAAAGAUGUAUUCUUAAAAGAUGGAAAACCUUUCCAGUAUGUAGCCGGUUCCUUGCAUUAUUUUCGGGUGCCAAAAGUUUAUUGGCAGGAUAGACUGAGGAAGUACAGAGCCGCAGGAUUAAACGCUGUUACAACGUAUGUCGAAUGGAGUUCUCACGAGCCUUCUCCUCGCAAAUAUCAAUUCGAUGGAGAUAAUGAUUUGGAACAUUUUCUGGAUUUAGCUGUGAAAGAAGAUUUACUCGUUAUCUUACGUCCUGGUCCUUACAUUUGUGCAGAAAGAGAUUUUGGAGGACUUCCUCCAUGGCUGUUGCAUUUAUAUCCUUCAAUCGAGCUUCGAACUGAUGACAGUGAUUUCAAAAAGGAAGUCAAGAGAUGGUUUGAUGUAUUAAUGACGAGAAUGAAAAAAUACUUGUACGGUAAUGGAGGCCCUAUAAUCAUGGUGCAGGUUGAAAAUGAAUACGGAAGUUACUACGCUUGCAAUUCAAAUUACAAAAUUUGGCUGAAAGAAUUACUAUCGUCAUAUGUCAACGACAACGCCAUUUUGUUCACCACUGACGGAGCUGCUUCUUAUUAUUUGAAAUGUGGAGCUACUCCUGAUGUGUAUGCAACUGUGGAUUUCGGCACAAGCGGAAGUGUAGCUUGGUAUUUUGCAAAUAUGAGAGAGUUUACACCUAAAGGACCUCUGGUCAAUUCGGAAUUUUACCCAGGUUGGCUCACUCAUUGGGAAGAACCUUUACAAAGAGUGCCUACAGAAGCAAUACUGCGAAAAAUGGAUGAUCUGUUAGCUUUAAAAGCUUCUUUUAAUUUUUAUAUGUUCUUCGGUGGUACGAAUUUUGGAUUCAUGAAUGGGGCAAAUAUUGACGAAGGUCGAUACGAUCCACAAAUCACCUCUUACGACUACGAUGCUCCAUUAGAUGAAGCAGGUGAUCCCACCGAUAAAUAUUUCGCCAUAAGACAACUGCUUUCAAAGCAUUUUGAAAUACCUAAAAUUUCAAUACCUAAACCCACUCCGAAAGGAAAUUAUGGAGCAGUUACCUUACGACCUGUAUUGUCAGUCUUCAACAGCUCGCAUAUUCCAGAUAAAGUGCUCCAGAAGUCUGACAGACCAUACACUUUUGAGCGAUUGCAAGUAUAUUACGGGUAUGUACUUUACGAAGCUGAGCUUCCAAACGAUUUGAAUGGUUCGGCUCAUUUGUACGUGCAUGAUUUAAGAGAUAGAGCUCAUGUUUUUAUCGACCAAAUCUUUUGCGGUAUACUCUCUCGCACGAAACAAGAGAAAGGUAUUCAAUUGAAAGCCAGAUCGAAGGCAAAAUUGCAGUUGUUGGUGGAAAAUCAAGGACGUGUAAAUUUUGGUUCUUAUUUGAAAGAUUUCAAGGGGAUCAUAUCAGAUCCAAGAAUAAAUGGGCGACUUCUUACCCCAUGGACCAUGACAGGAUUACCAUUUUCCAGCGUCUCAUGGGUUGAAAAAUUAACCCCUUCGGAUGAACAUAUUUCUCCUCCUGCGUACUAUUAUGGUGAAUUAGUGUUACCGAGUACAUCGCCUAAACCUUUACACACUCAUGUUGAUUUAACUGGCUGGGGCAAAGGAGUGAUAUUCAUCAAUGGUCACAACCUUGGAAGAUAUUGGCCUGACGCAGGACCUCAAGUUUCAUUAUUCGUUCCAGCCAGUUUCUUGAAACCUGCUCCAGAAAUCAAUAAAAUUGUUGUUUUCGAAACUGAAAAAGUUGCCGAAAAUUAUCAGAUAUACUUUACGAGCAAUAGUCAGACCGCUUCGAUUGUCCAUGUUCAUGCUCUUUCAUUUUCAUUUUACUACGGUAUUCUUAUCGUUUGUGUUAUUCUAGUGUUAUUAAUAAGUACGAGAAGGAUUUUUUUAGGAUUUUGCUCGAAAGUUUGUUGUAUUAAAAAAAUUCCUCGGUGGCCUGCGGCGGGUAAAUCAGGUUCCUCGGAAGUAAGAUAUGGAGCAACAGGCUGCCCAGUAACCGGGCACAUCAAAAAUUGAAAAUUGGGUUCUCGAAUUAAAAAUUAAAACGUGCUUUUGGGGAAGCAUUCUUACUGUGAUUUAAAAAUACCCACGUAUUAUGGUUGUCAUUUUUUUUUUUUUUUUUAGUUGGUUUUGAUCUGAGAAAAUGUAUUCUCAAUUUUUUUUUUUGUAAAAAAACAGGACCAUAAAUUUUACAAAUUAUUGAUUAUUGUCAAUUAACGUUACAUCAUGUAAUAAGCAUUUACUUUAUACAGUAUUAAUUAUGCAUAAUUCAUCAUUACGUAGAAAAUAAAUUGGAACACGUUGAUGCAAUUUA